AUGCAAGCAAAUCUAAAAGAAAUAGGAAACAAAAAACAACAAGCCCAGGAGGAGUUAGAGCAGAGCACAACUGUGUUUGUGGAUGAGCAUAUGGAUGAAGAAAGGGGCUCUUCGUCACUUCCCAAGUCACAAUCAUCUGAUGCCCACCAUGAAAGUACUAAUAGAGGGAAGAGAAAAGUAGAUGAAAUAGAAAAUUAUUUUGCACCAAGAACUAAAGGAGGUUCUCAACCAUCAUUGAAGAGUGUAAUGGCAUCCAAAGAAGCAAUACAUCGUGCUGAUUUGGCAGUUGCUAGGUGGUUUUUUGACAGUUGUAUCUCUCUUAAUGCCAUAAACUCUGCCUUUGCACAAAAGGCAAUUGAUGCUAUAGAUGCAAUUGGGUCUGGGUAUAAGUUGCCAUCAUACUAUAAAUUGAGGGUUAAUCUUCUAAGAGAUUGUAAAGAGGAAUGUCAGUUGUUGAUUGAUUCAUAUAGAAGAUCAUGGACUGAAAUAGGUUGCACACUCAUGGCAGAUGGAUCACAGAAUGUUGUGCAACUUGUAACUGAUAAUGCUGCAAAUUAUAAGAAGGCAGGGGAACUACUACAUGAAAGAUUUAACAGUAUAUAUUGGUCUCCUUGCUUUGCUCACUGCUUGAAUCUUAUUCUUAAAGAUAUUGGAAACAUGUCUCAUAUUCAGGAACUUGCAAAAAGAGCAUCAAAGGUUACAGUAUUUGUUUACAAUCAUGUUUUUAUUUUAGCUUGGCUUAGAAAGAGAGAUGGAUGGAAGGAAAUUAUCAGGCCCGGAGCUACUAGAUUUGCUACAACUUUUAUAACUUUGAGAAGCAUAUAUGAUCACAAAAUCCACUUACAGGCUUUCAUAACAAACAAAGUGUUCUUUGAAUCAAAGAUAUCAAAAACAGUGAAAGGGAAAGAAGUAUCAUCUAUCAUUUUGGAUAAUAAAUUUUGGAAUGAUUGUUUGCUAGUUUCUAAAUUAUCUGGCUCUUUAAUUCGAUUACUGAGAAUUAUGGAUUCUGAUGAGAAACCAUCUUUGGGAUUUCUUUAUGAUGGCAUGUAUAGAGCAAGGAAAGCCAUUAAGGGCAUGUUUAAAAAUUCUAAAAGGAUGUACAAACCUUACACAACUAUUAUAAAGACGAGAUGGGAUAGGCAACUAAGACAAGGCAUACAUUGUGCAGCUUACUUUCUUAAUCCACAUUUUCAAUAUGAUAAAGAGAAUUUUUGCAUGAAAUCUGAAGUGCUGCAAGGUUUAGUUGAACUGAUUGGAAAUAAAGAUAUAUGCCCUAAAUCAACAACAACAAUGAAUGAGCCAGAUGAAUGGUGGAAAAUGUUCGGAUCUAGUGCACCAAAUUUGCAGAAAUUGGCUGUUAGAAUUCUAAGUCAAACCUCUUCAUCUUCUGGAUGUGAAAGAAAUUGGAGUGUAUUUGAACAAAUUCAUACCAAGAGACGGAAUCAUCUAGAGCAUCAAAGGCUUAACGAUCUUGUAUUUGUUCGUUACAACCUUAAUUUGAGGCAUAGAAACUACGAUCCUUUGGAUUAUACAAGCAUAGAGAUGGUGGAUUUUUGGGUGCUUGAUGAAGAACCAAUUUCAGAGCUUGUUAUGGAGAAUUUAGAGAAUGAAAUAUAUGAUGAAGAUGUCAUUCCUGUUGCCGAAAAGGUUAAUACUAGUUGUACUAAAGAACCUCAAAAUGAUGAUGUCCUUGAUGAUGUUGAAAAUGACAAUGAAAUAAUUGAGAAUGAUAAUAUUGGUGCUUUUGGAGGGGAGUGUUUUGAUGAACAAGGAUUUAGGGAUAUCACUUUUGAUGCUUCAAAUCUAGGAGAUGACUUUUAA